AUGGACCGAAGACAAUCCACCAUUAGACUUUCGGACGAUGCUGUUGACCAAAAUGGGGUCGCUAGAUUUGCGGACUACAGUUUCCAGAGGCCUAUGAAUGAUGAUUCCAUUAUUGCGCCCUGGAUUGACGAACCACCCACUCCACCCCCCAAGAAUUCCAAGAGUUUUGGCUUUUCCCAGAAAUCAUCUCUUGUAUCCUUUGCAUCGCUACGCCAGAACAGCACUACCAGUCUCCUGCGUUCAAUCCGCCCAUCCGAAUCCUCGUUGUAUAUCCCAGAAACCAAUAAACGGCGGUCUCAAGAUGACAGCGAAUCUGCGAAAGGAAUGCUGUACAGCGGGUCAUCUGCCCAUUCUGGAGAUCUUCGCAAAGCUAAAUCGAACCUGAACCUAUUUCAGAAACUUAGGACUCGCUCAAGCAAACCUCAUUUACGAUCCGAGUCUGAUGGGAGUGAACAUCCUUCUCUCAAGGCCCCUGUUCCUCCCCUUCCAGACCAAAGGCACGGAAAUAAUCUUUUCAAUGGACUUCCUCUACCUAUGCCCGUCGCUUCUACAUCUACGAUACCAAUACAAACGCAACCCAAGAAGGGCAAGCCGAAGAAACGGGGAAAGGAGCCGCCUACACCGCCGCCGAAAAAUGAAGGGCAGGAGUUUACAGGGGACCUGGAUCUCCGUUCGAUGGAGGGAAUUCUUGAUCCUAAGGUUCUUUCUGCGGGAACCUCAAGUUCCAUGUUUGGAAAUCCUAGUUCACCAAGCAGUGGAUCCCAGAGUCAUUCCGAACACAGCUCCCAAAACAAUCAGUUUGAAUUCAAUGAUCCAUUUUCACCGACAUCAUUGCAAGAUAAACGCAAGGCCAUCAUUCCGAAGGGUGACUAUCGAAAGGUGUCGCCAAUGACGAUCAUGCCCCCUUCGGAUAGCUGUUUGCCCGUCUCCUCCGCAUCCUCGACUACUCUAGGACCUGGUAGUCCAACUGGGUCGCAUAACGAGGGUUGGGUGCCUCCCGAAAGUUGGGCCGUCAAGGGUACAGAAGACCCAUACGACAAUCCGCAUACAUCUGGCAACCUUGAUUCUUCAGAUUCUGACAACAGUUCCAACGGCCUUCCUCCGGCCCUGAGUGGGAAAAAAAUUCUCCGAGAUAAAACAAAAGGGGGGAGGAGAAGAAACGCAUCAGGAUCCAGUGUAUCUCUUCUUUCGACGACAAGUAAAGGGUCAAGAUCGACAAUUCGUGGAAAUGCAUAUCAAUCGAUGCCUUUUAAAGUACGGUUCAGCAAAGCGGGCAACAACGCCACCCAUAUAAUCUCCGCAGACAUGGUCACAACGGUGGCGGAUUUAACAGCCAAACUGAGUAAAAGGCUACCACCUGGAGAAAACCAUCUUCAGCAUAACCUUUAUCUAAGCAUUAACGAUCGAGAGCGUAUUUUGGCACCUAAUGAACGUCCGGGUGUUAUCGUCAAACAAACGAUGGAACAAGCGGGAUAUGAUUUUGAAGAUGGUCAUCAUCUACUCGGCGUCGAUAGCCUAAAUAACCUCCUCAAAUUCGUAUACAAAAGUCAAUUGUUGGCAGGGGAAGAAAAAAUUGUACUUGAUAAUUACGACAUGGUCGAUCUCAGUGGCCGAGGUUUACGGACUAUUCCUGUCGUGCUGCAUCAAAAUGCAGACUCCAUCGUGACCUUGCGUUUAGACGGCAAUCCUAUGCUUGAAAUUCCGCUCGAUUUUAUUCAAUCAUGCACUAUUCUGCGCGACCUCAAUUUGACACAAAUGUCCAUGAAGAAGGUUCCUGCUAGCUUGCGUCAUUCGACGAGUCUACAUCGACUGAAUCUCUCAUCCAACUGUAUACGAGAUUUGGAAGAUGCCUGUCUCGACCACAUUGAAGGACUCAUCUUCCUUGGGCUAAUGAACAAUCGUCUGGAUGUGCUACCAUCAUACUUCCCUAACCUUCGAGCGCUCAAUACACUCAAUAUAUCAAACAACAAAUUCCGCGAGCUCCCGUUGGUUGUUACUCAGCUUGAAAACCUUCAUGAUUUGGAUAUAUCCUUCAAUCCAAUAACCGAGUUGCCUGACGAAAUAGGAAGACUCACUAUGUUGGAGCGACUUAUCAUGGUGGGCAAUCGCAUUGUCAAGUUCCCCCCAAAAGCUAUCAAUCUUCACAACCUUCGUAUCCUGGAUUGCAGAAGAAACCAAAUUUCCGACCUCUCUGUGAUUUGUAUGUUGCCCAAUCUUACGGAGCUCAGUGCAGACCACAACGUGGUUCAUGCUCUAGAACUUGCGCUUGGCCCUCGACUAACGACUUUGAACGUAUCUCAUAACGAUAUCACUCAACUAUCACUCGUUCCUGGACCUAUGGGUAGGCCGUACGGUUUGACCCUCCUCGAUCUUUCGUAUGCAAAGCUCUCCUCCCUGGACGACCUAGCCCUUGGCCAGCUUACUUCAUUACGUACCCUCAAGCUGGAUCACAACUCCAUCCGCUCAAUACCAGAUAGUCUAGGGGAUUUGAUCUGGCUGGAAUACUUGUCGUGCACGGACAACAAACUCGAUGCAUUGCCAGCCACUCUUGGCAAACUCCAAAAGCUGGAGUGUUUGGAUGCACAUAACAACAGUCUUACUGAACUGCCUCAGACGAUAUGGAGCUGCGCCAGUCUUAGUAAAAUCAACGUCACUUCGAAUUUCAUCAACGGCUGGCACGACCCACCAGUGCCUAUACACGAAAUCCCCAUUCUUGAUGGAAGUUUGGCCGCCCCAGGGGCAGUUGGUCGGAAGUCUUCAACAGCUUCUAUUGGUUUGGGUGGCACCGUGCCCUCCCUUGUUUACUCCCUUUCAGAACUAUACCUCGGCGAAAACUGUUUGACGGACGGGCUAAUCCAACCUUUGAUGGUGUUCUCUCAGUUGAAGACACUGAAUUUGUCCUUCAAUCAGAUCCAGGAUCUGCCUUCGAAUUUUUUUCGCAACAUGCUCAAUUUAGAGGAACUAUAUCUUAGCGGCAAUAAGCUAACCAGUUUACCUGUUGAGGAUUUCCAUCGCCUAGUUAAAUUAACGACGAUAUAUAUCAACGGAAACCGAUUACAUACUUUGCCUCAGGAAUUGGGCAAAGUAAAAGGCCUACAGGUUCUGGACGCUGGAAGCAAUCUUCUCAGGUACAACAUUAACAACUGGGAAUUUGACUGGAAUUGGAACUUCAAUACAAACCUGAGGUAUUUAAAUCUAUCGGGAAAUAAACGUUUGCAGAUCAAGGCCGAAAAUCGACCCACCAGAUACUCUACCAGCCAUUCGGGAGUGAUGCUAUCAGGGUUCACUAGUCUAACACAACUGAAAGUACUAGGCCUGAUGGAUGUGACUAUAACCACCACUGGGAAGGAUACUACUGUUGAUAUACCCGAUGAGAACAGCGAUCGUCGUAUUCGUACCUCCCUCUCAACUGUAUGUGGAAUGGGCUAUGGGAUCGCAGACUCUUUAGGGAAGGACGGACAUUUGAACAUGAUCGAUCUUGUCCAUGAAUUCACCGGAAGCAAGCACGAAGCUAUCUUCGCGAUGUUUGGUCGAACUCAUUAUUCAAAAACGUUGAAACCUGGGUCAACUCCUAACAGGCUGGCUAAAUUUCUUCACGACAACUUCGUCAAUGUUUUCAAGACACAAAUGGGGGUUAUCAAUACAAAGUUAGGAAAGGAUGGCGUUCCUCCCGCUCAAUGGAAAGAGGGUGUCCCGAAGGCGCUUCACUGGACAUUUUUGAAGCUUAACCAAGACCUUAGAGAAUCUCUUGCUGCUAACCCGCGCAAAAACUCUCAAGCAAGUGUGCAGGCGCCUGACCAACAAUACAAUCGCAUGGGUGCCUCCGGGAUUGUCGUAUAUUUUUUGGACCACACAAUCUACGCUGCCAACGUCGGUGAUUCUCUUGCAGUCGUUUCCAGACAAGGUGUCUGUCAUCAAAUCUCAAGGAAACACGAUCCAUACGAUCGGGAUGAAAUAGCUCGAAUCCGUGCGGCCGAGGGAUUUAUGACACCUGCAGGGCUUGUUAAUGAGGAAGUGGAUGUCUCUCGCUCUUUCGGGUACUUUCAUUUUUUCCCUCCCUUACAUGCCCGCCCGGAUAUCUUCACCUACGAUUUGACUGAAAUGGACGAAUUCGUCAUCAUCGCCAAUCGUGGCUUAUGGGACUUUGUGCCAUAUCAGACAGCCGUUGAUAUUGCUCGGACGGUGGCAAGAAACGACAAACCUGAUCCAAUGCUUGCUGCUCAAAAACUUCGUGACUUUGCCAUAAGUUACGGCGCUGAUGGAAAUACGAUGAUUAUGGUGAUUUGGGUUGCCGACCUUUUCAACUCGUUAUCAAGAUCCCGCCAACCUACUCUCGAUCCUGUUCCACCAUACUACUCCAAAAGGAAGAAUGACAUUCGCGACCAUGGUAUCAACCGGCUCAGGGAAGAGGUACCUGCUCCAGUCGGCCACAUCACUAUCGUAUUUACGGACAUUCGAAACUCGACUCAUCUUUGGGAAGCAAAUCCUGGUAUGCCAACCGCGAUGCGUUUGCACAACAAUAUCCUUCGCAGACAGCUACGAUUUUGUGGAGGUUACGAGGUGAAGACGGAAGGAGAUUCAUUUAUGUGUUCCUUCCCAACAACCCUAGCAGCCGUUUGGUGGUGUCUUUCUGUUCAGGUGCAUCUUCUGCAUGAAUCAUGGCCUUUGGAAAUCCUGGAAUGUGAAGAUGGCAAGCCCAUCUAUAACCCUCAGGGACACCUCAUUGCUUGUGGACUUUCUGUUAGGAUGGGUAUCCAUAGCGGCACGCCUCUCUGUGAGCCUGAUAUCAUCACGCAGCGAAUGGAUUACUUCGGACCGAUGGUCAAUCGCUCCGCUCGUAUCAACAGUAGUGCCCUUGGGGGUCAAAUCUUGUGCAGUCUGGAUAUCGUUCGGGAGAUCAAUGCAAAAAUCUUGGAAGUCGAUGAAGAAACAGAAUAUUCGAAAUUGCAAAGUCCGGAGGCCAUCGAGGCAAUACGUCGCCUGGGUGUUGUGAUUAUACCCGUUGGCGAGGUCAAGCUAAAGGGGAUUGAAUUACCCGAGAACCUUUCCAUCCUUUAUCCAGCUGGUUUGGAAGGCCGUCACGAACUGAAAGAGGCAUCAUCAAACCCAACAGCAUCUGGUUCUCGCGUUCCAUUCAGUGUCCCUCAAAUCAGGGAUCUCGGCCUCUUAUGUUUGCGAUUCGAAGCCUUGUCCACAGGUCGUGUCUUUAAACCUUUGCCUGACCGCAAACGCAGCAUUCAGUCAAAUCCAGAUGCAGACGAUUCCUCUACAACGUCCAUGAUUUUGUAUGGCGACCCGAACCUCCUGUUACCCUCCAUCAACGAACACUCCUCUGACUCCGAUCUCAUGCUCGUUCUGGACGCCCUUACCAUACGAAUCAAUAACGCCGCCAAUACUGUGUACCAACAAUUCCGCAUGUCCACUAUGCGGGAUGAGCCCCCCUCGCAAACGAAGAAUUCUCUUAUGUCAGCCUUGGAGCAAGAUGGUAUCCUCUCCCCAGACAUCGUUGCGUACAUCGCCUCGAAGAUGUGA